UUUAUUUUAAUCGGCCCAAGUUUUCAAACAGACUGGUUCAGCGACAGAGAAACCUGCACGUUAUAAAAUUGCUAUUUCCGCCAAGUAUUCUCAUUUCCACCAUCACGACAAAGAUUUCACUUCUUCCCUCUCUUCCAGACGCCUUAUCUCCCCCAACUCAGACUUUCCCAGAAGAAGAAGAAGAAGGUUGCAGAUGACGAUCGGUGCUUCUACAACCACCGGUAGUGACCAACAGUAUGAUCGAGCGACAGCGGUGAAGCAAUUCGACGAGUCCAAGAUCGGAGUUAAAGGUCUUGUAGACUCCGGCGUCACCACCAUCCCUCCUUUCUUCAUCCACCCACCGGAAAACCUCUCAAAUUCCAACUCCUCUACUUCAUCUCCUACCUCCGAUUUGAUCCCCGUCGUUGAUCUUACCGGCGUUGAUUCCGACCGUCGAUCUCUCAUCGUUGAACAAAUCCGAGAUGCCUCUAGAGAUUUCGGCUUCUUCCAGAUCAUCAACCAUGGCGUCCCCUCCGACGUUAUCAACCGCACCAUCGACGCCAUUAAAGGCUUCCACGAGGAGCCAACAGAGGAGAAGUCUAAGUACUAUAGUCGUGAACGUCGAGGCGUGGCCUUUUCCAGUAAUUUCGAUCUCUUCAAAUCCAAGGCCGCCAGUUGGAGGGAUACGGUUCAGAUGAGGUUGAGCCCAACUCAUCCCGACUUGGAGCUUAUUCCGGAGAUAUUCCGGCAUGAGGCGCUGGAGUGGGACGAACACGUGAAACGGGUGGGGGAGGUUCUGAUGGAGAUUCUAUCGGAAGGGUUGGGUGUGAAGUCGGAGAAGUUGAAGGAGUUAUCGUGUUCGGAAGCGAGGGUGAUGGUGGCCCACUACUACCCCUACUGUCCUCAACCCGAUCUCACGCUGGGGAUUACGUCUCACACUGAUCCGGGAGUGUUGACACUGCUGUUGCAGAACCAAAUCGGAGGGUUGCAGGUGAAGCACGGUGAUGAGUGGUUGGAUGUGAAACCUGUGCCUGAUGCUAUUGUCAUCAAUGUUGGCGAUAUUCUUCAGAUAUUAUCGAAUGAUGAGUACAAAAGCGUAGAACAUAGAGUGUUGGCGAAUCCUCACAAGAAGUCACGAGUCUCGAUUGCUAUUUUCUUCAAUCCAAGCAAGAGGGAGGACUUGUAUGGACCUCUGCCGGAGUUGAUAUCGCUGGAAAAACCUGCACUUUUCCAGCAAUUUACACUGGAAAAAUUCAUGAAAAAGUUCUUCACCAAGGAGCUGGAUAGCAAGUCAAUCAUAAAUUUCUUCAAAUUGUGAGGAAGUUUCAUGGAUGAGCAAUGUAAUUAAGAAUGACUUUACCUGCUCGAAGGUUUCCAUCUAGUUCCAAUUGAUGGUUAAUGUAUCUUGAACCAAUUUGAUUUAAAUGUAUAAUUGCAUGACACCACAUAAAUUAUAAUUCAACUCCGUUCUUCUCGAGGGAGUCUA